UUCGUAGGCAACAAGCAACAACAGCGUCAGUAGGUUCUGCGUUGGCGCAUGUGCUUGUUGCUUAGCGAUUGCUUGACGUGUGUUUCGUGAAUGGUGUUGGCUGUGUUUUGACUCUAAAUAUCGAUAAAUAUGGGCGAAAUCCGCCUUACUAGAGACCUGUUUUUAUGGGCGAUGUCAAUCAUAUAUCUCAGUGCAUUUGCCUCACUUUAUCAUCAAAUACCGGGAUUAUAUGGUGACCGAGGCAUACUUCCCAUCCGUGCGAUUCUACCUGUUGACACGUCAAAAGGCGCGAGCCAUGAACAAAUAACGAAACUGCCGACGUUACUAUGGCUCGCGCCCAAUUUUGGCCUCAAAGUUUCCACUAUGAUGGAAUUUAUUGCGCUGCUCGGAACUGUCUUGUCGUUUGUGGCUAGCGUGUGGUCACGAUUCAGGGACUGCUUCAGUUUCUUGCUUCUCUGGGUGCUCUACUUCUCAUUAUAUCAGGUGGGACAGACUUUCAUCUGGUUUCAGUGGGACAUUCUCCUUCUGGAAGCAGGCUUCUUAUGCGUACUUGUUGCCCCCGUGGGGAUUUUGCAUCAUACUUUGGGCCUAAGUUCGCAAUGGUCGCUGCCUCACCAUCCGCAUGACCGAGUGACACUCUGGUUGGUUCGUUGGCUUCUCUUCAGGCUCAUGUUCGCCUCUGGUGUCGUGAAACUCACCAGCAAGUGCCCAACCUGGUGGGGGCUCACAGCCCUGGAUAUCCAUUUUGAAAGUCAAUGCAUACCAACCUCAGCUGCGUGGUUUUUUCACCACCUGCCCAGUUGGCUGCUUCGGUUGGGAGUGGUGCUGACUUACGUCGUGGAAAUCUUUGUUCCUUUCCUCUUUUUUGUCCCUCUCCGAUCUGUAAAAAACUUGAGCUUCUACAGUCAGGUGAUCUUUCAGGCUCUCAUUCUUCUCACUGGGAACUACAACUUUUUUAACCUUCUCACCAUUGUUCUGUGCCUAUCACUCAUUGAUGACGACUUCUUUACCAAUGGAUUCCGAAGAAAUCUUGGCCACAAGUCGUUCCUGCAAACCACAGGUAGUAUCAUGGGAAGCACAGCCUCACUUGUCAUCUUUUUUGGCCUCUUUCAACUGUCUGUAAAGCUGUUUAACAUCAGACUGCUCUCUGAUUGGAGUAUCAGCACAAGGAUAGCAUUUACACCAGCCCAGUUUCAAAGAUAUCUCAGCGAGACUAUGCCAUUUACGAUCUGGAUUGGGAUUGCGUCACUGGGAGUCAAUAUACUGGUAUCACUUUACAGGUCACUAUUUUUUGAGCGAGGCAUAUUCAGGCGUCUGGUGUGCACAGUAGGAACCUUACUGUGCGGAGCUGUGGCUAUCUGGAUGUUUUGCGUCUCUCUGGUUCCCUUCUCAAACCUAGACCACAGCAUGCAAGGCCGACUGUGGCCUGUCAUAAGGCAGUGGCAUUCCAAGGUUGAACCAUUCAGUAUAACCAGUUCCUAUGGGCUCUUCCGUAGAAUGACAGGCAUUGACGGACGUCCUGAGGUCAUUCUCGAAGGUAGCGAGUCAUCUACAGGGCCCUGGAAGGAGUACCAUUUUCUCUACAAGCCAGGCAACGUCUCUUGUGCUCCACCAAUCAACAUUCCACAUCAACCUCGCUUGGACUGGCAGCUGUGGUUUGCAGCACUCGGGAGGUUAGAACACAACCCAUGGUUUGUUGGUCUUGUGCAUCGGUUGCUCACAAACCAGGAUGAAGUACUGAACUUAAUAGACCGAGAGAGGAGCCCUUUCCCUCAGAGCCCGCCAAAGUACAUGAGAGCCCAGCUGUACACCUACCACUACACUCCAUAUGACCCCAAGAGGAGAAUGCCCAAUGUAGGAGAUUGGUGGACACGGAGCAACCCAACAGAGUACAUGCCACCUCUACAAAAAGAUCAUCCAUCUCUUACCCAGUUCUUGCAGCAGGCAUCCAUUCCUACGGACUCCCCAGGGUUCAAGUCAACAAAUCCCUACUUAAAACCUGUGUUAGCCAAAGCCAGGGAAGUAGCAAAGUCCAUGGCACCAACAACUUUCGUCUGGUCUUGGUUGGCAACUGCAAUCUCGAUCAAGUACAUUGCAAGAAUGUUGCGCAUUUAGACCAAAGAGGAAGUGAAUGUGUUUGUUUCUGACUCUGUAUUCUGUUCAACUAAGUUACUUAACUAUUUUCUUUCUUUUUGUUCCAUAAAUAUCCCUCAUUAUGCAGUCAAAAUUUUGUUGCAAGCUCCAGCGCAAAGAUAUCAUGUUGGAAAGCGGAUUGUUUCGAAAGAUAAAUCAUGCUCAAGAUAGCUCACGCACAAGUAAAGUGAUUAAACGAGAUAGCGGUGGACUGCCCAGCAGAAACUCUGUCGGAAAAGUUAUAGGGUUGAUUACAGAUUGUGCGUCAUGGAAAGUUGGAAAUGGUUUAGGGGGGUAGCUGUUCUUUCUCAUGCCUUAUAUUGAGUAGACCAGCAGUUAGACCAUUUUGCUUUCUGUGUGAUUUUAUGAGUGCUCAGUUUUCAUGUUAACAGUACUGUGCUUGUUGUUCUGCCUGUCUGCAUGCCAACAGUACAUGUGCAUUUCCUACACAUUAAAACACUGGCACACAACACACACACAUUCAUUCACAAAUACCAAUUUUCUUGCCACCUGUCUGUAUAUCCUAGUCAGACUUUUGAAACUGCAUUUGAUAUGAAGCAUUUUGCAACUCACAAACUGGCAAGUAAUUGACAUGUACAGAAUUAGGUUGUAAUAGGAGUGUUUCUAAAGCCUUUUGCUUCAAAGGACUAGCUCGAAAUGUCAUUGGGUUUGAAAGUCACAUCAUAUCCCUCGAUAACUUGGAACUGUCUUACGCAUACAUCACAGAGUGUGCAACACUUACGUACAAAGCAAAGCUCAUUUUUAUUAAAGAUAAUUUGAGGAGA